AUGCUCUUUCUCUGCUGCCCUUUUUCCUCAGGUCUGCUGGCUGAUAAAAGGAAGAUCUGUGUUAUCAGCCAAGGAGACAGGUGUUAUGUAGAAGACAGAAGCUCCAAGGUGGCCUGGUUAAACCGUUCCGGCAUCAUUUUUGCUGGAGAGGACAAGUGGUCCCUGGACCCUCGAGUAGAGCUGGAGAAGAGAAACCCCCUGGAAUACAGCCUGCGAAUCCAGAAAGUGGAUGUCUAUGAUGAGGGGUCCUAUACGUGUUCAGUGCAAACACAGCAUCACCCCAAGACUGCCCAGGUUUACUUGAUUGUGCAAGUUCCACCAAAUAUCUACAAUAUCUCCUCAGACAUCACCGUGAAUGAGGGCAGCAACGUGACCCUGGUUUGCCUGGCAAAUGGGCGUCCUGAACCUGUCAUCACCUGGAGGCACCUCACCCCAACAGGCAGAGAGUUCGAAGGCGAGGAAGAGUAUCUGGAGAUCCUGGGUAUCACACGAGAGCAGUCGGGCAAGUAUGAAUGCAAAGCUGCCAACGAGGUUGCCUCAGCAGACGUCAAGCAAGUCCGGGUCACUGUGAACUACCCUCCCACCAUCACAGAGUCCAAGAGCAAUGAAGCGGCCACGGGACGACAAGCCUUACUCCGGUGUGAGGCAUCAGCAGUGCCCACACCCGAUUUCGAAUGGUACAGAGAUGAUACCAGGAUAAACAGCGCCAAUGGUCUGGAGAUAAAGAGCACGGGGAGCCAGUCUCUGCUGAUGGUGGCCAAUGUCACUGAGGAACACUAUGGGAACUACACCUGCGUGGCUGCCAACAAGCUGGGAGUCACAAACGCCAGCCUAUACCUUUACAAACGAGUUUUACCCACACUCCCCAAUCCUUUUCCAGGACCCGGCACAGGGAGAGUAGACAACGGCUCCAUGAGUUUGGCCGUCCCACUGUGGCUGCUGGCAGCGUCCCUGCUCUGCCUACUCAGCAAAUGUUAAUACAAAUCAGAAUUAAAAAUAAUAAUAUUAAUAAUAAUUAAAAAAACAACACGACAACGACAACAACACACAAAACAAAAUGCGUUAUACAGGAGACAGAGCGAAGAGAGGGGAGAGAGAAAAAAGGGGGGGGAGAGAGAGAGACGACUGUUUCUUUCACAACUUUUGUGUGUUCAGGAGUGAAGAGGGGGGAGAGGAAAAAUUACAGCAAAGAAGACUCAGCAACAUUUAAUCCAAAACCUGAAAAGCCGGCUGUCAAGUCACUGACUGUCUAGGAGGCAACACGAACCGAGGGAGAGAAUGGGGCACCAGCAAGGAUCGCGUCGCCGGAGGAUGCUGCAAUGUAAACAAUCCAACAAAACCCAUAAAGCCAAUCAAACAGAAGAUCCCUUUUCUUUUCUCUCCUCCUUCCUCUUUUCCAUACUUCCUCACCUUCCUUCCUUCCUUCCUCCUCUUUCUUUCUUUUGCAAAAGAGGUCUUUGCUUCGGUGUCUAUAGCCAUUUAACUUUUUGGAUGCCCUGGAUCAUUUUUGUGAGCUAAUGCUCAGCCAGUUCAUACUUUUGAAAACAAAUUAAAAAAAAAAAAAAAAAAGAGAAAAGAAAAA